AUGACGUGGCUCAAGAACAUCAAUCCUACCCCUGCGUUUCCAGCAUACACAGGACCGCACAAAGUAGGGUCAGUAGACAUAGAGAUUCCCACAAGCGAAUUGGAGAACCCCAGCGACGAUGCGCCACCCGCAGAUCUGCCCACCGUGGCAUUCAGAGUGUUCUAUCCUUGUAGACAGGAUAGCGAACAAAAUGCCGUGAGGUGGAUACCAAGCCCACAGAGAGAGUACAUUGCUGCAUACGCGCGGUUUUUGGGGGCGAACAGCGCAUUUGCAGGCAUCUUCUCACUGUUUCCGCAGCUUCUUCAGUAUACCUCGAUACCUGUACACUCCAACGCCGAUAUCCUCGAACCCAACACAGAGUCGAAGCGGUGGCCAGUAAUGAUAUUUUCCCACGGCCUCGGCGGCUCACGAAACGCCUACUCCCACAUCUGCGGCUCGCUCGCCAGCCACGGAAUCGUCGUAGUAGCCCCAGACCACCGCGACGGCAGCUCACCCAUAAAUUUCAUCCACACUCCCGACUCAAAAGAGAAGACCAAGCGCGUAGACUACAAGCGCAUCGACCACAAGCCCUCAACCGACGUCUACAACGCCCGCGACAACCAACUCCGCAUCCGCCUCUGGGAAAUGGGGCUCAUUCACGACGCGCUGCUGAAAAUUGACACACGCCAGCGGCUAAAAAACGUCGCCGAAGACGCCACAAAAAGCGGCGGAAAAGACAUGCUGACAAUGUUCUCGCACCUACUCUCCGUUCACGAGCCCGGUUCCAUUAGUUUCGCAGGUCACUCCUUCGGCGCGGCAACAACCGUCCAGCUCGUGAAAUCCGUAUACCAUACCUCUUCCAACGCACCAGCAUCAUACAAGCCACUCUUCGUACCGCGUUCCAACUCCGCGUUGAAGGCGCAAAUCACACCCUACAAUCCCGUCAUCCUUCUCGAUCUGUGGACCCUCCCCAUCCAAUCCCCCGCCACAGCAUGGCUACGAAACAAGAGUAUGCCAUCGUACGACGCACCCAGCGGCGGUUCGAAUCUGCUCGCGAUUCUGAGCGAGGGGUUCUUCAAGUGGAGCUCCAACAUGCAAGAAACCAAGCGCGUGGUCGCGCGCCCUGCGUCCGCGCCCUCAUCCCAACCGGGGCCGCAUAUUUUCUACCCGAUUGCGAGUGCGCAUUUGUCGCAGAGUGAUUUCGGGAUUCUGUUUCCGUGGGCGACGGCGAAGGUUUUUGGUGCGAAAGAGCCGGAGAGAGUGUUGAGGUUGAAUGCGAGGGCGGUUUUGCAGGUUCUCCGCAAUUCGGGCAUCGAGGUCGCGAACACCAGUGUAGCUGAUCUCGAGUUUGAAGGCGUCGAUGCUUCGAAGGUCAUUUCGAACGAUGACAGUAUUCUGAGUAAGAAGGAUAGGGUGCGGGGGUGGAUUAAUAUUGGCGACGAAGCCACGGGGAACGCAAACAACUCUGAGGCCAAGGUUGGCACUGGGCCAGGAGAGGCGGUGUUGCAGGGCGAGGCAUUCGGGCAGACGGUCGAAGCUGCGCAAUGA